AUGUCAAGACUAGUAGAGAACCUUGCCAGAGUGGCUAUCCCACUGGGGAUUGUAGUGAGUGGAGUACAAUAUUCAAUGUACGAUGUGAGAGGUGGUUCUCGCGCAGUUAUAUUCGAUCGUUUGAGUGGUGUUCAGAAACAAGUCGUCGGUGAGGGGACUCAUUUCCUAGUUCCAUGGUUGCAAAAGGCUAUAGUGUAUGAUAUCCGUACCAAACCCAAGGGAAUCGCUACGAACACUGGUACAAAGGAUAUGCAAAUGGUCUCGCUUACAUUGAGAGUCUUGCACAGACCCGAUGUGUUGCAAUUACCCCGUAUAUACCAAAAUUUGGGGUUGGACUACGAUGAGAGAGUUUUGCCUUCUAUUGGGAAUGAAGUCUUGAAAGCUAUUGUGGCUCAAUUUGACGCAGCAGAACUGAUUACACAACGUGAGCUUGUAUCACAGAGAAUCCGUGACGAACUAUCGCACAGAGCUUCAGAAUUCGGUAUUAGACUCGAAGAUGUUUCGAUCACGCACAUGACAUUUGGUCCUGAAUUCACCAAGGCUGUUGAACAGAAACAGAUUGCACAGCAGGACGCCGAAAGGGCCAAAUUCCUAGUUGAAAAGGCAGAACAAGUGCGUAAGGCAUCAGUGAUCCGUGCUGAAGGUGAAGCCGAAUCAGCAGAGUACAUUUCCAAAGCACUUGCCCGUGCAGGAGAUGGUUUGCUACUAAUCCGUAGAUUGGAAGCUUCAAAAGAGAUUGCUCAAACCCUGGCAGCCUCUUCAAACAUCACCUAUCUUCCUGGCAAGGCCCAUGGCAAUACAGAGGGCUCUCAGAAUUCACUUCUACUGAAUAUUCGCUAG